AUUCGGGCCGGAGUGUGCCGGAGCGCAUCGCGUGCUCCGUUUUCUGUUGCGGAUUUUUGCGCGUACGUACUGCCGAUAGAACUUAUUACGGUGCGUGGUGAACGGACGUGGAAACGAGUCGCGAUACGUUUGUUGGACCGUUGCGAUCAAUGUUCGCGUUCGCGUUUCCGGACCGGCACAGGUGAAGCCUGACGACGGGGCCUGUCGUACGCGCGAUUUUUCUUACCGGCCCGCGCGCCCACGAAUAACAAACCGUUUGUCGCGCCUAUUGACCCGGAGUUGUUGACGGCGGACACGUUCUGCGCUGCGUGUCGCAGCGAUUGUUUAAUCUUUCGGCCGUACCGCGAGAACACCGAUUGUACGGUACAUGCUUCUCGUGUAAGUGUUCGUGAUUCCGAUUAAUAGCGGUGUUGACUGAAUUAAAAUGGUCACCGUCAACAACAACAAUAGCGGCAGCAGCAAUUCAACACAGCUAAUAGAAACUGUGUCCAUUGAUUAUGAAGACUUCAACGAUACAUUCUUAACCUGCGCCACUUGUCUAUGCAUUUAUGAUGGUGCGGAACGUGCUCCAAAACUUUUACCAUGUUCACAUACUGUGUGCGUACACUGUUUGACAAGGAUUGUAGCUGCAGCUAACAAUCGACGCACAACACUAGAUACAUCUUUAAACAUUAGUCGGGGCAGUGGUAGUAGUAAUAUUACACAAUCUCAACAACAACAGGAUUCUCAGACCGCUCAGCAACCGCGACAAACCUUUAGAUGUCCAAUUUGUAGGGAGCUCAUAGUGGUACCUAAUAAUGGUGGAGUUGCAGCUCUCCCACCAUCAUUUCUAGUCAAUCAGUUACUUGAUUUGAUAUCAACUCAUAGGCGGCGUACUUUAAUACCAACAUGUUGUGGUGGAGGUCUGAUGUCAUCACACAUGAAUCAGGAAUUGCUUUAUUGUGAGCCAUGUGAUCAAGUGUUUUGUUCAAUAUGCACCAAACAUGAAUUAGUACCUAGUGGAGAGAAUCUGAUUUCAUCAAAAUCUCCACCAUUAGUGCAUACAAUCAUACCUGUAUCAGUAGCUAUGAAACGUACAUCUGAAAUUAUGUUAUAUAAAGCUAAUGAAUGUGUAGCCAAAUUGAAUUGUUCGAGGGAUGGAGUACAUACUGAACUAGAACGUUUGGAUACAGCUCGUAACGAAUGUUUUGCUAUUUUAGACGAGUCGUUUAGUGAUCUUAUGAAUAUCAUAGAAAAUCGUAAACUUCAACUGCAACAGCAAAUACAUAAAGCAUGUGAUGCAAAAAAUAGAAUCUUAAGUCAGCAACUUGCAGCUAUUGAAAUUGAAAAAACCAAAGUUAUGGAUGAAUGUGGUAAUGUUCAUCAGUUAUUGGAUGUACAUUCUAUUAAUCAACGCAUUCAAAUUUUAAACAAACGUUUGGAACAGUCUACUAGUGGUAUUGAUGAACCUCGUGAAAAUGGUUUUAUUGCACUGGAUUUAGAAUUAACAGAAAUUAAAAAUGUAUUAAAAAAUGCAAUUGGACAAAUGGGUCGUGUACGCACAACAACUACUUGCCCUAGCCAUUGUACUCUAGAAGUUCUUAAAUCAAACGGGGAAAAUUUAGUGAUAUCUCGUUUAGUUGAUACUAGGAUCGCUGUUUUAACCGCUGUAGAUUAUGAUGGAAAUCAACGUACUCUAGGUGGUGAUCCAGUAACUGUAAAAUUAAUUGGUCCCUUAGAAGAUGCCCAAAAUGAGAGGGUUGAAAGUCAUUUAGGACAUCAACAAAAAGAAAAUGAUAAUGUACGUGUUAUUGAUCAUAAAAAUGGCAAAUAUACUAUCCGUUUAUGUCUGUCUACUUGUGGCAGAUAUCGACUUAAUGUUUGUGUAUUAGGUAGACCAGUUCCAUUUAAUGGUAGUAAUGGACGUAUUGAAUUUUCUGUGACUAAAAACAUCGAUCCUAUUUGUCAAUAUAAUAGAGGACCUACAGUGCAACAACCAGCUGCUAUUGCUGUAGACCAAAAUACUUCUAGAGUUUAUGUAUUAGAUACAGGAAAUUGUCGAAUAAGAGUACUUGAUACUAACCUAAAUUAUAUAUGUGAUAUCCAAAAUAUUGAAGCUAUGCGUAGUCGUUCUUCAACAGGCAUUGGUUUAUUGAGUGAUGAAACAUUGGUUACAGUAAAUUGGCGAACAAAUACAGCAACUCAAAUGACAUUAAAUGGUGAAACUAUUAAAACAUGGACACAUUCAAGUAUGAUAGAACCAAUGUGUGUUGUUGUUGACAGAAUGUAUGAUCAUGUUUUGAUAGGAGAUUCUUCAUAUAAUAUACAUGUAUUUAAAGCUACUACUGCUCAACAUCUAUUCACAAUAAAUAAUAACAAAACUGAUGGAAAAUCUGCUGAAUUUGUCGGUUCAUUUAUGGCAAUUGGGCCCAAUUCACAGAUCAUAGUUAUUUCUAGUACGCUAACAAUUGGAUGUCGCUAUUUAGAUAUAUAUUCAUGCAAAGGUACUUAUGAGCGAUCUAUCACUGUUGUAAUUACAGCAGACAAAUCUCUUCAAUCUUAUAGUUCACUGGCUACUUGUAAUAAUUUUAUUUUGGCUACAAGACGCUACUACAAUUCGUACGUUAUAGAUUUAAUUGAUAUGGAAACUGAAAAAUUAAUAAAUACUGUGGAUUCUAAUUCUUGUAAAUUGCGUCGUCCAGCCGGUAUAGUUUCGUUUACUGAACUUCAAGAUUCUUCUGCUGAUGAUACACAGCUCUCCCAAUGUUCAUCGUAUUACUUAUUAGUGACUGAUGUCGCUGCUGAUAGCGUAAAUAAGUAUCAAUAUUUUUAACUAUUAUUAAAUAAAUAUUGCCUAUCUACUUAAAUAUUUACUUAAACUAUAGUUAAAGAACCAAUGUUUA